AUGUCAACAAAAAUUAUUCGCUUCAAAGUUUUUUCCGUAUUAUCUAAAUGUUGUGCGCAAUUAUUAAAUCACAUUCGUAUUGUCAUCAACAAUUUAAUUUUUACUCAAAGUCAUGCAUGCGGUAGACAAAUGAAUGAAAGCAGAACGGAAUCAAAAGCGUCUUUGACUGUACAUGAAACGUUGCGAAUUUCAAGACAAAUGAGAGGCACAAAAAUUUCCCCCGUUAUGUAA